AUGUCGGAGGAAGAUUCAUCAUGGCGAUGCCUGCGGAAACUCUUCGGUAUUUUUGACAAGGACAGAGACGGAAAGCUGAAUCUCGAUGAUCUCGUCCUGUACGUAGCUGAAGUCCGAAAGAUGGGGAUUGUUGAAAUUGACGAAGCAAACGUUGUAAACGAGAUGAUGAAGCUGGACGCUGAGUACAUCACUUUCGAUGAGUUCAAGACAUGGAGCUCGUUUGCUAGCAAGGACCAGCAAGACACACAAGUCUUUGUGGAUCCAUUUGGUAACAGCAAUCGCAUUUGCACACAAGGCAAAGUCACAGCACCCAUGUUAUACAACAACUUCACACGAGAUUGGGGGGAAAGCCCCUCGAGUAGCUGA